AUGUUGGGGAAGAAGAACCAAGAAAAUUUCUGCAGCGACAACGAGCAGAUUUAAGAUCCUUCUUCUAGGCCCGAGGUAGAGGUUCCUGUAAGCUCGGUGUAUCGCCUACUGCAGGAAGAGAAGUAUACUCCUUGCCUAGGUUCCACCACUUCAGAUUUUCUCCUUGCCGUGCUCGACUGCCUUACUGACUAUAUCCUGGAGGUGGUGAGCUCUGAAGCCAACAACAACAAUCAGCCAAAUGUUCCACAAGAUGGGGAGGGACAAGCCGUCAAUGAUCGUGAGCCAUCUAAUGCCUUCAAGAAUGCACCAUUCUCUCUGUUUGAUGAGAUGCCCGGACCCAGAAGGAAUGGCUAA